UUAUCAGAUUAAUCACAUGAGUUAAUGCAUUAACUUUUACAGCCCUAAUACUAACUGUAACUUAUUUUUUCAGGCUUAUCGAGGAGCUUCAGAAACGUCAAAUGAAUGUUGUGAACAUUCCAGAAGAGGAUUCUCCUAUACUUCCUUGUGCAAGCCAAACCGUGGUGGAUGCUGCGAUCAGCCAAGAACAGACAGACAGUGAUCAGACAACGGACAGUGAUCAGACAAGCGAUCAAGACCAGAGUUCAGACUCUAGCACCAAAGCAAAUCCAAAAGAAGCGACAGGCUGGAAAAACCCGACACGUGCUAACAUGGCAAAGAUGGGGUUGUACCAAAAGCAUGAUCUGGACCAUCCCUUGCUGAAAGAAUUCAUGGACUACCUGAAAACUGAGCUCUCCUUUGAAAACUGCAAACAAGAGGUUGAAAACGUGGCAAGGAUGCUCUACUUUUUUGAUGCGAGCCAACCAUCGUUGGAAUUUGUUCGAGAUAGGCUGAAGACGAACAACUAUUUCCGCCUGCUAAAAGAAGCCGGACAGACACACCAAACAAGAAAUAACUACGUCAAGGCUAUGAAAAGAUUUAUUGAUUAUCACACAGUCAAUACAAAUCUUUAUAAAACCGACCCAGAACUCCAUCAACAAGCUAAGCUGUAUGUGGAGUUUCUACAGAAAAAAAUGAAAGAACUCGCCAAAGGAAUUGGCAUUGAAAGGGUUUCCAUCAGGUCCGGAUAUAUACGUGAUGGGUUAAGAACACCGGAGGACUGCUGGCGUGUCUUAGAGGUCGCUAAACCCGACUUCCUCGUGACAAUUGGGAAAGUGAUUGCUGCAAAAGGGUAUACAGACGAUCUCUCGCAGAGUGAAUGCACAACUGUGCAAAGGUACCUAAUCGCCCUGAUCAUACUGAAGCAUCUGCAAAGGCCUGGGGUGGUUACAGGAAUGACGGUCGGCGAAUGGCAUAAGCGGGUUAAGAAAGGCUCCGGUGGUACCGUGGUUCUCGUCAAGAAGCACAAGACGGCAGCCCAACAGCCAGCAGCCUUCGUCUUGGAUCAAGAGCAAGAAGCCUGGUUUGAAGCCUACUACGAGUGUGUCAGAGAACACAUGAAGCAAGGUUGCAGAGGAGAUGGCCAGAAGGCACCUAAACGGCGAAAGAUGGAACAGAGGGCAACUGAUGGUGAGAAAGUGGUCGAAAAUGCUGAGGAACCGUUCUUCCUGAAUCUGGCUGGCUCGCGAAUCGAGAAUCCCUCCCUGCAUCUCAGUCGGCUGCAUACCAAAUACAAACUCCCAGAUGUGAACAGCGAUGAGGUUCGGAAAGUCUUCAAGACAGCAACAGUCUCUGAGUGUUUUGAAGCAGGGGACAAAAAACUCUCCAGCAACUACCUGAGUCAUACUGUGGCAACUGCAGAGGGUCAUUAUCAGAUUAAACAGAUAUCUGAUUUGAUCAAGGCCACAGAACUCAUCAAGCGUCUUGGAUCAAGUGAAAGACCUUCUGACAGACCCUCCACGUCCAGCGAGGUACCCUCACCCUCUGAGGAACAGAGUGAAGACAGCAGUGGCUCAACAGCGACACUCAAACCAUCGGCAAAUAAAAAGAUGACAGACCAGAUUCUGUUUGAUCGUUUCCAGACAGAAUUCCCCGUGACAGUCGAUGAUCUUGCACCAACUCGAGAGAAACGCCUCAACUUCCUUUCUACUCUGAGUGUUGAAGAAGACAGAGAGAGCAUGCUCUACAACCGUUGGGUGAAAAAGCAACGGAAACUCCGCCAAGACUACACCUUGGAACACAUGAGCCAACGCCAUUGCCCCUCCAAGAAACGGAUUGAGAGGUUUUUCCUGCAGCAGGGUUGGAAACAUGCGCUGCCAAACAUCGACCAGAUCACCCAGUCGUGGAAACCAGCCGAAGAUCCGCUGUCUUCUCCCAGAAUCAGGCGUCUUGUCAGUAGCCAACGAUGGAAGGGUUUGGAGAUCAAGAGCAUUCCUGAUAAGGGAAGAGGGGUAUUCACAAGGCGUGCAUUCAAGAUGGGCGAGGUAGUGUGCGACUACCAUGGUGACCUUCUCACCGCAGCUCAAGGUCAGGCUGUUCAUGAGAGCACCAUUGGAGAGGAGACGGGCUACAUGUACUUUUUUCUAAACGAAGACGGAGAGAAAAUGUGCAUUGAUGCACAUCAGAAGUGUCAAUGUCACCCAGAUAUAGACGUAAAAGGCAGGCUCAUUAACCACUCAAGAAAGCCAAACCUCAAGCCUCUUUCUAAGAGGCUUGACUUGGAUGGGGAUAAGAGAGAUUAUAUCCUCUUUGUCGCAAAGCAGGACAUCAGCGAAGGGGAAGAACUUACCUUUGAUUAUGGUGUAAAUAAGUUCCAGUUUGGUGAGGCCAGAGACCUUGACUGGCUCUGAUCAAGCAUGGCUUUUUUGCCAGAGUAAAGCCACUACAUGAACAGGCAGGCAGGAUCUAAAUUGGAAUGAAUGAUAAAGUUAUGUUGCCUUGUCAGGGAACCGCUAACUUUAUAUUUCUCUCUGGGAUAAUGUAAGUGCUGUAGAUCAGUGAUGUAAAUAAAG